CCUCCCGAAGGUGGCUUCGGCUGGAUGGUGGUGUUCGCGGCUACCUGGUGCAACGGCUCCAUCUUCGGCAUCCAUAACUCCGUCGGGAUCCUCUACUCCAUGCUGCUAGAGGAGGAAAAAGAUAAAAAUCGACAAGUGGAGUUCCAAGCAGCCUGGGUAGGAGCCCUGGCGAUGGGCAUGAUCUUCUUCUGUUCUCCUAUUGUGAGUAUAUUCACUGACCGUUUGGGCUGUCGCAUCACAGCAACUGCCGGGGCUGCUGUCGCUUUCAUUGGCCUUCACACCAGCUCCUUCACCAGCUCCCUAAGCCUGCGCUACUUCACCUAUGGGAUUCUCUUUGGUUGUGGCUGUUCCUUCGCCUUUCAACCAUCCCUCGUCAUCCUGGGACACUACUUCCAACGCCGCCUGGGUCUGGCCAAUGGUGUGGUGUCUGCUGGCAGUAGCAUCUUCUCCAUGUCCUUCCCCUUCCUCAUCAAAAUGCUGGGGGAUAAGAUCAAGCUGGCCCAAACCUUCCAGGUGCUGAGUACCUUCAUGUUUGUUCUUAUGCUGCUUUCACUCACCUACCGGCCCCUCCUGCCCAGCUCUCAAGACACCCCAAGCAAGAGAGGUGUCCGUACUCUGCAACAACGCUUUCUGGCUCAGCUCAGGAAGUACUUCAACAUGCGAGUGUUCCGCCAACGCACCUACCGAAUCUGGGCCUUCGGCAUUGCUGCUGCUGCCCUGGGUUACUUCGUUCCCUAUGUGCACCUGAUGAAGUAUGUAGAAGAGGAGUUCUUGGAAAUCAAGGAGACCUGGGUGCUAUUGGUGUGUAUCGGAGCUACCUCAGGCCUUGGGCGUCUUGUGUCUGGCCAUGUCAGUGACUCUAUUCCUGGACUAAAGAAGAUCUACUUACAGGUUCUCUCAUUCCUGCUCUUGGGCCUCAUGUCCAUGAUGAUUCCCCUAUGCCGGGACUUUGGAGGCCUCAUCGUUGUCUGUCUCUUCCUGGGCCUGUGUGAUGGUUUCUUCAUCACCAUCAUGGCCCCCAUUGCUUUUGAGCUGGUGGGUCCGAUGCAGGCCUCACAGGCCAUUGGCUACCUCCUGGGAAUGAUGGCCCUGCCAAUGAUUGCUGGGCCUCCCAUUGCAGGCCUCCUUCGCAACUGCUUUGGUGACUAUCAUGUGGCCUUCUACUUUGCCGGUGUGCCCCCCAUCAUUGGAGCUGUAAUCCUCUUCUUCGUCCCUCUGAUGCAUCAAAGGAUGUUCAAGAAGGAGCAGAGGGAUUCCAGCAAGGAUAAGAUGUUGGCCCAUGAUCCAGAUCCCAAUGGAGAGCUGCUGCCAGGCUCCCCCACCCCUGAGGAACCAAUUUAAUGCCUCUUCCUUGCCAUUGUGUGCUCCUCUCCAGCCCUUACCCUUCAUCCCACCCUGCUCAGCAUUUACAUUUUUUGCCACCAGCACACUUGUUCCCAAACCUGUGCACACAGAAUUUCAGCCACCUGACCAUCCCCUUGGAGCCGAAGCUCUAGGUGUUUCAAACUCAUUAACCAAAUUCUCCCUGUGAAUGCCUUUAAACUUGCCAGAGCCCUUCUUCCCCACCCCAACCUCCUGGGAAAGAUUGGGAUCCACCCUCUGGCUUCUGGAUUCUCUCCAUAUACUUUCUAAUCUUAGGGGGGGGGCGGCGGGGGGAGGGUUGGACCUCUGAUCCCAGCUUAUUAGUCACCUACUAAAGUCAACUGCCAAAGGUGCUACUGUGUUCCCAAGAGCCUAUUGGGGAGACCCAUGCCUCUAUGCUGAGGAAUUCAUUGCCAUUCAACAUUGGGAGCCACUUGGGAAUGGGGAAAGAUGAAACAAAAAGUAUUGUUUAGCCUCACAUUCUUGAGACCAGUGGCUUCCCAAGAGCUGUGUGCAGCAUCCCCACGAUAUAGUUGGUUAACAAUCUGCUCCUCCCUUCCCUGCCUUUUAUUUUUCCUCUACUGCCUCCUCUUCAUCCUCUCCCCCACCCACUUUCUUUCUAUGUCUGUCAUAGAUAAAUAGGUGCUUGGAUAAAGGAAGGACCCAGAGCUUGGGCCAAUCAACCUCCUCUUGGCCCAGUCCACCCCCCUGACACUGACAUUAAUUCCACUUAUCUCAGGCUCAGUCACAUCUCACUUUUUGGCUCAAACUGAUACAAUCAUAGACUGGAAAAGUAGAAUAUCACACAGGGAAGUGACCUCAACCCUCACAGAGUUCCAUAUUUCAUUCACAGAUUUGUAUGGAUUUCCCAAGUCAAUGCAUAAAUCAGAAAGCCUUCCCAACUCCCCAUCCUUGUAUCCAUUAUGUCAAAAUGUGAAGAAACUUCCUUUCAUCUCAGCAGGCAGAGAAGGACUGAUGACAGUAUGCUGAUGUGGUAGGGGAGGGGCAGUGGUUAUUGACAUGGGUAAGGACCAUCUCUCAAUUUCCAUGACAGCUCAAUUUUUCCACCUGGGCCAGGCUAGGAAAUGAACUGAUUGAGGGGAGAAAAACUCAUUCUGCACCUGGAUCCCCAAAUGGUAUAGACAGCAGCUGCACACACACAGGGUUGGACAGCUUCUUUUAGGAAGGAGAAGCCACCCUAGCCUUUACCACCCAGUGUGUCCCUCAUGAUGGACAUUCUGGGCCCCUGUUAGUGGGCAUUAAAGGUGCCAGGAGAGGCAGACUCUGGCCCAUUUUUCAUCCUUGUGAAGUCGGUGCCAGAUGUUUCCCUGUACCCAGGCUCUGGGCAACAGUCUUACUGAAGAGCAUUCCAAGUGCCCCUGGCUGGAGGCACAGGGCACUACCAGGCUGUGUUCAGAUAGCACAGCUCACCUCAUUAGGAGCUCAGCCCCUCCCCUCACUCUGUCUUUGUGUCUUUUUCACUCCUCUCUGGGCCUUUGUCUAUUGUGUUCUUGUCACCCAACCUUCCAUUAUCUUUUUGCCAGGCAUCCUUGGCUGUUAUUUGGAGCCAAUGGUAGCUUGCCACCCCAAGCCAGGGUCAUCCCAGUGCCAGGAGGAUGAGGUUGCCCUGAGGGGCACCAAAGAAGACAAUGGUCCCCACACAUGAGUUUUUCCGUUACAAACAGGCAGCUGGGGGUAUGGGUUGGCCUCUAAUGGUUUCAUUCAAGGCCAAAGGCCUAAGCCCCCUUCCGCUGGUCCUAGUCCAGCUCUUAUCAGUUACUCAAAGGAAAACCCACUGGUUCUUGGCUCAGUGGGCAGGAAGGGGCCGAGUUACUAGCCUGACAGCUCUCACAGCACUAGAAUGGGAGAAGCUGGGCCCUAAGCUUCCAGUAACUCCCAGGAGAGGCCACUGAAAGUACUGAAGCAACAAUACCCCUACUUCUAUUCUUCCCUGAUACACCCCUACCAAGUCACUGGAGGGUGGUGCUGCAGGGUCUCUUUGUUGCUCAUGGCUGGAUAGCUCUUAAGAAUCAGGCUGUCACCUACUUCUCUCCAGAUGAAGGAAAGACAUUUACAGGUCCCAAAUAUGCCCAUUCAGGUGUCACAUACCAUUGGCAAGGUGUCAAUUUACUUCUACACAUGUGUGUGUGUGUGUGUGUGUGUGUGUGUGUGUGCAUGUGUGGGCUUGUGUGCUUUUGGAGAGAAUGCUGGUUGGUCUAAGCGGCACAGUAUUAUAUUUAGAGUAGGAUGCAGACUUAUGCACCACAGUUAAAUCUAGGAGAAUGAACAAAAUUUCAGAGCUUGAGACCUGGGAUAUUUAAAUCCUCAAGGGGUUUGGAACAAAAAUAAACAGAUCUAAAUGUU